AUUUGCCCAGUGCGCAGCAUCAUCUAUCUGUCUAUCUAGACCCAUGAGACCGCAUUGAUCUCUUUGUCCUAGCAAUCCACGGAGUGGUCGAUUGCGAACGUGACCAAACCGAGCCGAUCAACUCACACAGCAGUCACACUACAGUCUAGUAGUGGCAAGUGUAUAGGCUAGCACGCCACCUUCAUCGUUCAUUUAGUAAUCAUCAGUAGCUGACCACCAACCAACCUGCUGUGCUGACCAGUGAUGACCUGAGCAGAGCACUGGGCAUUCAAGGAUAGGACUCGAACGCACCCAGCCCAGCCGGUUCUGCUGAAUAGUUUGUAGAUUCGACAUAUAAUAAUAGAGUCCAUCGCAUGCCCAAGCGCCUUGGAUUGCCUGCCUUGGAUCGUAAUCGUAUCCAUGGACGACAUGCACAGCCAACUCCAAGCAGCAGGAGCAGCGUGUCAACAAAGCAACAGUCUUCUUCUUCCUCCUCCUGCUGCUGAUCGUCCCUGCAGCAGCAGCAGCAGCAGCAGCUUGUCCUUGCUUGGCACCGCCGCCGCCGCCUGCCUCUUCUUGUCAGCAGCCAUCUACUGCAUCGUCGUGAUCAUCGUCACCACCUCUUCUAAACAAAAUAUUAACAACAGGCUCAUCAGACGACUCCUCAAAUUCAAAGGGAGGAGGAGCAAGAAUGAUCGUCGUCGGGACUACAAUAAUAAUGCCGCACCACCGCCGCCGCCGCCGGGAAGGGGUAGCAGCUGGUGGUGGUCCGUCGUUGAGACGCUGGCCUUCGUGUCCGCCAACCGCAGCGGCAGGGGCUUGUACCACUUCGUGGAGGCGCGCCACCGCAGGUACGGUCCCCCUUGCUUCCGCACCGCGCUCUUGGGCGCCACCCACGUCUUCGUCUCCUCGCCCGACGCCGCCAGGUCGCUCCUGGCGGACGCCGGCGGCUUCUCCAAGCGCUACGUGCGCACCGUGGCGGAGCUCCUCGGCGAGCACAGCCUGCUGUGCGCCUCCCACGACGCGCACCGCGCACUGCGCCGCGCCGUGGCGCCCCUCUUCAACGCGCAGGCCACGGCGUCCCUGGCAGCCAACUUCGACGCCCUCGCGCGGAGGAUCAUCACGCGCGACUGGGCAGCCAAGACGACCGCCGUGGUCGUGCUCGACGCCGCGCUCGACGUAACUUUCGAGGCCAUCUGCGACAUGCUCAUCGGGAGGACGACGACGCUCAAGAGGCGGCGGCUGCAGAGCGACGUGCUGGCCGUGACGCGGGCCAUGCUGGCGUUCCCGCUCAGGCUGCCGGGAACCAGGUUCCACGCGGGCCUCCGGGCCAGGAAAAGGAUCAUGGACGUGCUCAGGCAGGAGAUAGCCUCCAGGCAGAGAAACAUCAUGGACAUGGAGGAGAUGGAGGAGGACGACAGCAAGCACGACAACGACUUUCUGCAGAGCCUUCUUCUUCUCAGGAGGAGGAAGAUGAAGAGCAGCCAGCAGCAGCAGUCACCAUCGAAUUCCAACGACCACCUCUUCCUCACUGACGACCAGAUUCUCGACAACAUCUUGACGCUCAUCAUUGCCGGCCAGGUUACGACAGCAAGCGCAAUUACAUGGAUGGUCAAGUACCUGGCCGACAACAAAGACUUCCAAGAAACCUUAAGGUCGGUUCAGCUGGAGAUGGCACUGAAGCACCAGCAUGGGGAUUCUGAUGGCCCCCUCACGCUCCAACAUCUCAACAGCAUGGAGCUUGCAUACAUGACGGUGAAAGAAUCAUUGAGGAUGGCGAGCAUAGUGUCCUGGUUUCCAAGGGUAGCACUCGAGGACUGCCAGGUUGCAGGGUUUCACAUCAACAAGGGGUGGAUUGUAAACAUUGAUGCGAGGGCCCUACACUAUGAUGCAACGCUUUACGACAACCCCACCAUGUUUGAUCCUUCAAGAUUCAAGGGAGAGGAUAUGUGUACGAAGCAGCAGGCUCCGUACAGCUUCCUGGUGUUCGGAGCAGGCGGCAGAACCUGCCUGGGGAUGAACCUCGCCAAAAUCAUGAUGCUCAUCUUUCUGCACCACCUUGUUACAAAUUGGAGAUGGGAGAUGGCCGACGAUGACCCAAGCCUUGAGAAGUGGGCAAUGUUUCCCAGGCUCAAAAGCGGAUGCCCCAUUCACCUCACACCCAUAUGAUAUCAAUACAACAAGAAUAGGUGAUGACGCGCGCAUGCCCUCUGCCAUGUAGUACUGCGAGCUACGCGGCAGGAACGUUUCUUCAGGCACACACACACUGAAUUUGCACGGGAAGUUAAUUAAGACAAGAAAAUAAUGGAUCAUCGGAUGUGUAUGUAGUACAUACUCGUAUAAUAAUUAAAUAAAUGCUCCCCAUAAUACAAGACAAAUUUUAUUUUCA